ACACAUCUCAAGUUUUGAGAAUUGCCGCAAAACCUAUCUCGUACAAAGAGAACCCCUAGUAACCCAAGUUACAUAAUCCCUCGCAAUCAAAAAACGAAUUCGGAGUCACCGCAACGAGUUCUUUUUUGGGGGCCUGCAGUGACAGGUUCACAGUACUUUAGCAUUAUUCUUCCGCAUCACCCUCCUUCAAUUCUUGAAUAAAACACCAGACGUCAGCGGCUUAGUCCGUCCGCACCCGUCAAACGACCUAACGAUUGCAUACUUGUUGUUAUUCUUCCAAGCAUAUCUUACUUAAUUCGUUCGUUGGCAACUGCGGUUUUACCAACCACCGAACCAACAAAGUCCGACCCCCGGGAAAGGCCAGCAGAAAUGCACGCCACGGUCACCACCUGUUGACCUGUACAAAACAACGAACUCAACCCGCCACCUACAAUUUCCUUUCCUUUCCUGUGUACUAGAGAUCACUCAUGGCAUCACCACUACCUCCAGAUCCCUACCAAGCUUUGGGUGUGUCCAAAGAUGCCGAUGUAUCAGCCAUCCGCAGCGCUCACCGAAAACUCGCCCUCAAAUUCCACCCCGAUCGAAUCCAGGACGAGGCGCUUCGGGAAAAAGGCAAAGAUGAGUUCCAAAAGAUCCAGCAAGCCUACGAAAUCCUCAGUGAUCCUGUACGGAGAUCGAGAUAUGACGACCGUGUCCGACUAGCAGAGCUUCGGAAAGAGGCCAUGAUGAGAGAACCACCGCCACCUUCCUCUACCAGGUCAUAUCCCAUGCGACCAGCUCCGCAACCAGCCCCGACGUCUACGAGGGAAUAUCGCGAUGAUGGAAAUUUCUUCGAGGAAGUCCGCCAACCAAGAAACGCUUCAGCAUACGAAUAUCGAGACAUAUACGAUGAAGAGCCAAUCCCACGCCCGAAUGCUCGGAAGAAUACUGAUUACGAGAGAAGGCCUGCUCCGCCUCCUAGGCCAGCCGAGAAAUCAAAGAAACCGUCGGCUGCUUGGGAAAGAGCCAUGGCCGGAGCAAAGUCCAAGGUCCAAGCGGACAAGACGAAGACGAGCAAAGCAGAUGAGAAGAUGACAGAUCGGGAGAAGAGACGCGAUAGAAGAGACAAAUAUCGGACGUAUGCGGAGAGUGACAGUGAAGUUGAAAUUCCCGAGAUAAGGCCUAAACCCAGCGCUCGCUCCAAGACGACCUCUCAAUUCGAGUCCAGUGCAGAAUACGCCCGAAGGUCCUCUCCACGAACUUCCAAAUCCCGCGAUUAUGACGAAGAGAGUGUCGAGGAAAAGUGGGAAAGACAUCAUCAGGAGAGCAAGAAGUACAUCUCCAAGGCUGCUAACCGCCCCGCCCUUGAACGAACUGGAUCUGACGCCUACCAAUAUUGGAAUGGAGAAGCCAGAGGCGGUGGCAGGAGGAGUGACGAGGACGGUGAGCGAAGACCUGGUUCGUCCAAGGGCCGUCGCACACAGGCCGAAGAUUACUUCACCCCGCCUUUCGCCAAGUCCACGUCCUCCCCGAGCGCUCUCAAUGCUCAUGUCGAGGAACGUGCACCCAGGUCUAGCGUGGGAACAACACGCGAGCGUGAGCGUGAACGCGAUCGGGACCGGCCGCGCUCCCGCGACCGAGAAAGAGAUCGCGAUCAUCGGAAAGGGGUGCCUCCUAAUUUGCGUCGUGCGGAAACCACACCGAUUCUCAAGAUGCCCAAGAAGGACACGGCACCCGCGAAAGGUUCUAAUCUGAAGCACGGAGAGACUCACAUGCAUGACUCUGGCUAUGGCAGCGGUCCGAGCCCACACACUCCAGAGACGAGAGAGAAAAGUCCGUCACGGCCUAGCAAAACUCGGUAUCCUUCGACUACUUCUACCAAAUAUCGUGUUAACCCAGACAUGGAUGACGAGGACCUCUCAAGGACUCCACGGCUGAACAAGAUCAACGACGACUACGGACCCUCCCGGUAUGACAGGGGACUUCACCGCAGUCCAGAAGCCAUCAAAAGAGAACCACUACCCCGAGAGUCCGACCGUCCUAGAGAGAGGCCCGAACGUCCUACGCUUGACUCAGGACGCAAACAGUCUUCGCGCGGCGCUUCUUUGAUGCAAGAAUUCGUUCCAACUCCUGUUCGACGAAGCGGUUCGGGGCGGUAUGAGGACGUUCCUUCGCCUCGCUCUCCGCGAGACACACCUCCCGUCACACGUAACAAUAGUGGCCGCGAAAAAUUGUUCGGUGAGAUGUCGCCAGACGAGCGUGAGGCUUCGCGAUACAGCCGGCCUUAUUCUGAGGAUAAGGUCCACAUUACCCCCCGGAGGGAACCACAGUAUUCCAACUACUCACGAGACCCGGCUGAGUACCGCGAGAGCGAUUAUAGCCCACGUAUGCGUGACGGCCAUCGAACUACCAGACGACCCUCAGCUGUUAGCGUGGGGGCAUACUGAUUGCAUUGGGAUCCUUACGAUGCCAUCAUGGGGAUCUGUCUGUUUGAUAUCGACGUUUUGACCUCGCCAUCCGAGUUGAUUGUCAUGACUUUUGGCACAACCUCUACGUACAUAUUGGAGAUGACUACAUUCAAUUC